AUUUGGGUCAGAGCUUCAAGAGAGAGUGAAGGUGCGCUUUUGUUUUUCUUCACUGCGCCUGCGUAAAUGUUUAUCUGACUUCCGAUAGCAGCAAGUAAGCCAACGUUAACCAGUAACGUUAGCUAUCAAGUACUAGCAGUAGCCCCAGCAGAAGUACAAGAUCAUACGACGGAUCAGAAAGUUUUUUUCUUCUUCGCCACACUGCUCCCUGAAGGUGCUGCAGAAUUAUCGGUGUUUUCAGUCCUUUCCUCAACCUGCAAAAAUGCCAGCCGCACUUGCAGAUACCAGUCAGAUUAUCUGUGAGGUCUGGGCAAGCAAUGUGGAGGAGGAAAUGAGGAAAAUCCGACAGAUAAUUCAAAGCUACAACUCCAUUGCCAUGGACACAGAAUUCCCCGGAGUAGUAGUUCGACCAAUUGGCGAGUUUCGCAGCACAGUAGAUUACCAGUACCAGCUCUUGAGGUGCAACGUGGACCUUCUGAAAAUCAUCCAAUUGGGACUGUCGUUUAUGAACGAGGACGGAGACUAUCCUCCUGGAACAACAACAUGGCAGUUCAAUUUCAAAUUUAAUUUAACAGAGGAUAUGUACUCCCAGGACUCAAUAGACCUACUCCAGAACUCCGGCCUCCAAUUCAAAAAGCACGAGGAAGAGGGGAUCGACACACUUUACUUUGCUGAGCUCCUGAUGACAUCUGGUUUAGUGCUGUGUGAAAAUGUCAAGUGGCUCUCCUUUCACAGCGGGUAUGAUUUUGGCUACCUGGUGAAGCUCUUAACGGACACUCGCCUACCUGAGGAGGAACAUGAGUUCUUCCAGAUCCUCAAUCUCUUCUUCCCUGCAAUCUAUGAUGUGAAAUAUCUGAUGAAAAGCUGUAAGAACUUAAAGGGAGGACUCCAGGAGGUGGCUGACCAGCUGGAACUGAAAAGGAUUGGGAGACAGCACCAGGCCGGUUCCGAUUCACUGCUCACAGGGAUGGCAUUCUUUAGGAUGAAAGAGCUUUUCUUUGAAGACAACAUUGAUGAUGCAAAGUAUUGUGGGCGAUUGUAUGGAUUGGGCUCUGGGUCCACUCAAAAUCAGAACGGCAUCUCAAGCUCUUCCCAAGAGGAAACUAACAACAAGCACUGACUGACCACGAGGCCAUCAAGUGGAAGACUCACUUGUUUUAUCCCAUCCGGUAGAUGUUUCUCUUCUCCUCUCACUCCCAGAAGAAAACAUGAGAUUCAUUUCUGUAUUGAACUUCACCAGCUGCAAAAAGGGCAUUGGUCACCACAGACUCUCCUCUUGAAACAAUUUUGUUCUGUCAUAGUUGAUUUUACUGCGUUUUGCCACCAUUCAAAUUCCCUAUUGUACCACAUUGAGCCUUUCUAGCACCCAUCUCACAGGUCCAGUAUUUGAAAACUUUUUAUCUGUGUGUUACAGCAUUGCAGUAACUACCAUUCUUUUAAAAGCAUGGGACCAGCUCGUGUAUUGUACUGCAAAUGAUAAGUGUAGCAUUUAAGUGCUCAACAGCAAUUCCCUGCACUCCUGCUUUUCAUAACAAACUUUAUUUAGACCCAACUGUAACUCAAGCAUCAGUAGGUAUCGUUCCCAAAUCAUUUCCGUGUUGGAUACAUGCUUGUAGGGAUUGUACACUUAAAAAAAAACAAAAAAACAAUUAUGCUGGACAGGUAUGUAAACUAUAAUGUCAAAUUUCACCUCAGCCAACCUGUUUUAGCAUUUUUCCUUUCAGGAAGGAGAUUUUUAGGUGGGUACCAGGUUGGUCUGAGUAUGAACUUGUUUACAGGGGCACCCUGCAGUUCUGUGUAACAUUUGCUUUUAAUUUGUUCACCGCUCAGUUUAAACAGAUGUUUUUGGUUGCUAUUGUUUUUACAACAUACAUUGUUUGAAACAGUUGUAUAUUAAAACAUUUUCUAUUUUCAAUGUGA